AGGGAGGGAAGUGUAAGCCAGUCACAGCAUCUCUCCUCACUGCACCAGGGCUGAGGGACUCUCCAUCCCCUCGCUUCUCUCGCUGCAGAUUUAACUCAUUUCCAUCAGCGCAGUCAUCCCCCCCUUUUUUUGCCUUUCAUUUUUACUUGCUGCUUUGGACAGAUGCAUUGCAUUCAUAUCCUUCAGUGUGCCAGGAUCUGAGGAAUUAUUAAUUAAAAACGUGUUGGUUUUUUUUUCUGUUCAUCUAAAAUAAAAGGGACCAUUUUCAAAAAAAGACCGGGACUCCGACUGGGACUUUUCUUCUCUUUAUGCUGCGAGAGCGGAUUCCCUUUUGUUGUACCGUCAGUGUUUUGUUCAGGCGACAGCUGUACUGAGAGAAGAGUUGGAGGCGCUGCUAUAGGACCCCCUCCACAACACUUGAAAGGACUAAGGCAACUUGGAAAAUCUGCGGCUGCAUUAAGCACUUGAGGACAAGGUCCCGAGCCCUUCUAGGUGCUGCCAGAUUUUCAAGAAUACCACAAUGAAAAUGGAAGUGUUGGGUAAAUAAGCCGACUGUCGAUUCAUUCCCAAACCCCUCUCUGCAAGUGUCUGCGACAGGAUUGCUGUGGAGUCAAAGUGAUUGGAGCGCUGAGUUAUUCAGGUGGCCUCUCAUUUCUCCUGGAAAGUCCUCACGUCUGCCUGCAUGGGAGUCUGACAUCAAACACUCAUCAGCCGCUCGACUCUUACGUUGGUUUGUCUUUUUCACAACUUGCAGUCCAGAACACUGAGAGGCAAGUUUGCACAUUUGGAUUUAAACUUCACAUUGUUGGCAGAAGUCAUCUGGACGUUGGGAUGCUUUACCUCAUGCUGCCUAGGGAUGCCUUGUAAACACAUUUCCCCUCACCACUGUGUGUGCUGAGAGAGCUGUGACAUUAUCUCCCGCGGAGAUCCCCGUGUUGUUCUAGCCCGUGUCUGUGUUUUGAUUCAGACAAUAGCUGGGCAUACACGGGCUCCAGACACUGGCCGGAGGACCACCAAAAUAAGGGAAGCCUGCGGUUACAUAGUAAACACUCUGGCACACAGUGAAACUUUGGAUUGUAAUAAAGAAAUGAAUUUAAUUAUACAUCGCUGAUGCUUUAAUUAAACAUAGCGAUCACCUAAAAUGUGUUUUGGAGCCACAGCGGCACCCAGAAAAUCUCAGCUGUUCUUAAGGAGUGAAAUAGAAAUGCUCCAUUAUUGUUGGGGCUCUUUAGUGAAUCGAGUGGAGCUUUGGACUUUGCUUUAACCUUGUGCGAUUUCCUCCCUCGCAUCAUCUUUGCUCUCUGCCCUUGCGAGGACAUCUCCUGCCCUCAGCCUCCUGGUGGCAACUCUCAUUUAAAUCAGACGAUGAGGCCACCGACUGCAAGGCAGAGCGGCAAGUGAGCUCACCGCUGGGAUACGUGCUGGCCGAAGCUUUAGGUUUACUGAAGGAAUGCACCUUUCUUCGUACUACUGACCGCUGCCCACCCACUACUUUCACUGACCAUGCAUUAUUGGAAAGGAGAGCCGAACGGGUUGUCCUACGCUGCUGGCGGCUGCAUUGAUUUUCCUCCAGUCUGCGUUCAUUUGAUCGAGACCGAGCAGCGAUAUGAGAGUAAGGCGAACGAAAGCGUGGGCACGCUAGGGAGCAUGUUCAGCUCUGUGAACUGAGAUUGGCUGCAGACGCCUGGCGAAAAACAGGAGGGCGACAGGAGAAUCUCCAGUUUCGGCCCAGCUGCCUUUAUGGGUGACACGCCGCAGUCCUGACCCACCUGGACGGCACCCAGAACAAUGAACCAGUCUGAACUGACAACAGACCCUUCGAUCACUGCCAACGUCAGCCAUGGAGACUUCGUUCCUGGCAGGGCCUCGAACCACUCCUGUCCCUUGGGCUGGGGGCUGAAUGGAGGCCUGGAUGCUUGUAUUCUGGAGACCGCUGUCAUCGUGCUGCUAACUGUACUAAUUAUUGCUGGGAACUUGACGGUGAUCUUUGUGUUCCACUGUGCCCCUCUGCUGCACCACUACACCACCAGCUACUUCAUCCAGACCAUGGCCUACGCCGAUCUGCUGGUGGGGCUCAGCUGCUUGGUGCCCACCCUGUCGUUACUCCACUACCCAACCAGUGUCCAGGAGCCAGUCACAUGCCAAGUUUUCAGCUAUGUCAUCUCUGUUCUGAAGAGUGUUUCAAUGGCCUGCUUGGCCUGUAUCAGCGUGGACCGGUACCUGGCUAUAACGAAGCCGCUGUCCUACAACCAGCUGGUGACUCCGUGCCGUCUACGAGGCUGCAUCACUCUCAUCUGGGUCUAUUCCAGCCUGAUUUUCUCCCCUUCCUUCUUUGGUUGGGGUAAGCCGGGCUAUCACGGGGAUAUUUUCGAGUGGUGUGCACACUCUUGGCCCACCUCCGCCCUCUUCACAGGCUUCGUGGUGUGCUUGCUCUAUGCGCCUGCUGCCCUUGUGGUCUGCUUUACCUAUUACCACAUCUUCCGCAUUUGUCAGCAACACAACAGGGAGAUCAGCGAACGCCGUGCACGUUUCCCCAGCCAAGAGAUGGAGGCCGGUGAAGGGAAUGGUGGCGGGCAUCACGGGGGGCACGGGCCGGAUCGGCGCUACGCGAUGGUACUCUUUCGCAUUACCAGUGUUUUCUAUAUGCUUUGGCUGCCCUACAUAAUCUACUUUCUUCUAGAAAGCUCCCACGUGCUGGACAGCCCUGCCCUCUCCUUCAUAACAACUUGGCUGGCCAUUAGCAACAGCUUUUGCAACUGUGUCAUCUACAGCCUGUCUAAUAGUGUGUUCCGGCUGGGCAUGCGUAGGCUCUCGCAGACCAUUUGCUCCUUCAGCCACUGUGCUGCAGAUGACCGAGACUUUGGCGAGCCUAAACCAAGAAAGAGGGCAAACUCGUGCUCCAUCUGAAGCCAUGUCUCCCACAGGAUGAGGAAAUAAGAAUCCCAGCAUGCUUAGCAGCUAGUUAACUCGUAGUUAAAUUGGCAGGGCUCAGUGGAUAACUGUAUCAACCUUUUUAGCUGAUAACUGUGACAUUAUCCUGGGCACUGGUAAUUGCAUUAAAACCCUUUCAAGGAGAUGAAUGCAGCAUCUAAACUGAGAUUUCAAGCGAAACGGGCGCUCUGCGGUGGCUUUUACUCUACAUUACAGCGAAGGCUCUCUUAGCCUUUACAUCUCUGUGCACAUCAUCGAUGAGAUCGGAUCUACCGGAGAGACAAAACUGUAAAUGCCAAAACAUUCAUAGAUAUCUCCUCACAAAUCAAAUGUGACCGUUUCAUGUCUGUUAACCUUUGCUAGUGGUUGUGAUUCAGAGCAACCGUCUAAUGGAUGUCUUCAUGCUCUUUGUGUGUGUCAUCAGUAGAUACAGUGUAAUCUACAGUUGUGCUCACAGACCUGUUUAAAGGUUCUAAGUGGAUAUUAGACGUAUCCAUAUCAAUGUUACACGUACGACAGUGACAGCAGCCGGUGUGCUGCUGUCACAAAUACGACGGAAAAUGGCUUUGACUGUUUUUAAGAAGUGAGCAGGUGGAGUCAUAGUUAUGUCAGGUGUUCUGCCCCCCCUUGAUUGGGUGAUCGGUUACAGCUGAGAUUUAAGCUAAAGAUUUUACGACAUGAAUAAGUGCUGCUAAUCUUAGAAAGUAAACUUAAUGUAAUUCUGUUCUGACAGUAUGCAGAUCAUAUCUCAUAUACCAAGGGACUGUGCAGCUUUAGCACUAAAGCCUUUAAAUGAACAACAUGAACAAAAUUGCUUAACACAGUUAUUUAUUGCUGGUCAUCAAAUGUCCAUCAGUUCAGGUGCUGCUGUGAUUGGGCCUGUACGAGAUUGUUAAACAACUUUAAUUUGACCUGAAUAUCAUCAGCUGAUUCGUGCUCCCCCCACGACAAAGCACCUUAUUUCCAAACUGGAACAAAGCAUAUGUCAGGCUUAGCAUAGAGUCAUACUAUGAUGCUUAACUGAAGUCGGUGCAAGGUCUCCCUCUGUGCUUUGUAUUCCACAAGCAUCAGAAAUCCCCCCCAUUGAUUCAGCGUUCCUGACGUUCCCAUUAUGAGUGUUCAGUCAGUUUGAUGCAUGACUUCAUGAUUUUGAACCAGCCAAUAAAUAUCUUUUCUUUAUACAAAUGACAGCUGGAUUGUGAACACAGAUGAAGAUGCAGUAUAAGUGUCACUGUCCAAAUCUUUUCUUCUACAUGAGCUGCUUUGAGGAUGCAGAUGUUUCACUGUUGAAUGUGGCUUUGAACCCACUAACACAUUCACUCUGGUGCGGGGCCUCAGAUGUCACAAGUUUCUUGUGCUUUGGGUGGCUCACCUGAAGGAUAGUAUUGAGAUGACAGGGGCUGGGAUUAAUGUGACCUGAUCUGUUUGUUAACAAAUGACAGGGUAAACGUUUAAGGCUAUUGGUUGUUUACCUCGUGUUUGUUCGUUGAACUGGUCAUCUGGCGGUGCGCUUUAUUUUUGCCUCGUCUUUUCUUUCUCCCACUUCUGAAAUAGACGUGAAAAUCUAUAUAACUAUAUAACAGACUGACUCCCACUUUACCACAGCACAGUAGGGUAGUCAUUCCACUCUGUAUAAAAGGCAUUUUUAUUUUCAUUUGACCGUGUCAAAUGAAAAUAAAAAUGCAUUUUAUACAGUGUCAAAUGAGAAAAUUAAUUUCACAUUAAUACAGCAGCAGUCUUUAGCCAAAUUACCAUUUGGCUCCUGUAGUGGUGUCAGCAGUUUGUGGUUUAGGCCCUGUAGUGCAUAACGGCCACGCGGGAAACCAGGAGACACAGCAAACCCAGCUCCCAGAUACUGUAACUGUCCGAUCUACUGCUGCGGGACACUUUGUGUAGACCAGGGGUGUCCAGCUCCAGGCCUCGAGGUGUCCUGCAGGCUUUAGAUGUUCUUGAUCCAACACAGCUGAUUUAAACGGCUAAAUGACCUCAUCAACAUGUCUUGAGGUUCUCCAGAGGCCUGGUAAUGAACUCAUCAUGUGAUUCAGGUGUGUUGACCCAGGGUGAGAUCUAAACCCUCCAGGACACCGGCCGGUGUCCAGCAGCUAGGUCAUCCCAUCAUUUUAAGGCUGCUUUGUGGUGUUUUACUGUAGGGCCAGUAAAACUGAGUCUAAUUCUCGUUGACAUGUUGGACAUGGAGUAUGUGAGCAUUCCAGUUUAGUCUUUCUGGCCACCCUAUAAAUUGAAGCUAAAAUCACUGUAAUGAGAUCUUGGACUCUUUUGAUUAAUCCUCAGGCUGUAGUGUCGUCACCGGCCUGUGGUCAGUCUGAGUUUGUUCCGGGAGCAACUAAUAAUGGUUUAUUCAUAUAGUUUACUGUAACUGCUGGCAGUGUUAGUUUUUGUUUGGGGUUAUUCAAAUAAGUCAAAUUGGAGGCAGAUGCUCCAAAAAAUGAGGCAAAAGUGAAAAGCUGUGGACAUGUGUGCAGGUCCUCAGAGGAACCGCCAGCAUUCUUCAAAAUACUCCACUUUGGUCGAUGGUGUUGGAUUUCAAAUAGUUGCAACUUUAAUGCAACGUUAACGCAUUAUAGAUUGUUUUAUGUGCCUAAAGGUGUAUUUUGUAGGAAAAGUGUAUUUUAUCUUGAGAAUAAUUGCCAUCACAUGGUCAUGCUGCACUUUUUAAAAACAUGUCACGUACCGCGUGAAACUUUACACAUCCGAGGAUACGUCGUCACUGCGCUUAGCUUUUUCUUUAAGCUCAAGAGGGUCGAAAAUGGGUCGUUUCAUAACUUUAUCAGCGUUGAUGUGAUUUCUGACUUCCAUGUUCUGCUCUUUGAUAUCUACAUUUAUAGAAAUGUCCAAGUGAACUCACUCCAACAGCCAUACGAUCUGGCAUAUAUGAGGUAUAACAGUAGGGACUGUGUCAAAUACUAGACUUAAAAUAUUCGAUAUAUAUAUAUAUAUAUAUAUAUUUUAUUUUGAUAGCUUGUGUUUUUGUAUUCACUUUGGGAGCGUAUUAGUCGGGUAGUAGAUGAAAUUAUUAUGACCUGUAAAAUCUUCAAUGUGGUGACAAACAAUAACACGAAAGCAAAACUCUGUAAUGACAUAAAAUAGAGCAGUUGUCAAAAAGUUUAAGAACAUUUAAAGUGGAAAUCACAGUUACUGGUAUGAAGAUGCACACGUGCUCAUGCCUUUGUAGGCUUUCAUGUAGCAGGUCAUGUGAAACGUGGUCCUGGCACGAGGUUUCAAUCAAAGUGCCGAGUGUUUAAUAAUCAAUGAUUUGUGUGUCUGUGUUACACUGACCAAACUGAAGUGGUAUUAAAAAAUCAGAACUGUUAUGUCACCUUCCUUUUAAGUGCUUUGAUAGAAGCUUUUAGUAAAAAGUGUUUAAAGGAAAUAUUAUAUAUUUAUUUAAUUUAUGUUUGAAUCUUUAUACAAUAUACUGCAUAUGAGUAUGUAGUGCGUGUAUCUGUUGUUGCUGUACAGCCAAAAUAAGUUCUGGCAGGUGUUGUGGACCCGUUUUGUUAACUCACCUAGGCUGAUGUUUGAGUAGGAGGCGAGUGUGUUAAAUUGCACAGUAUCUAUUUUUUUAAUUUGAAAUUUUGUCAAAAGGUUUUUGCUGUUGCUGCCAACCUAAUAAAGGUGAAAAUAGUAGACAUUGCUUUUGGACAGUGUGUGUGUUUCUGUGUAUCAGUAGCUGCAUUCACACCCUGCUGAGAGUAGUCGUCAUAUUUUCUCUGCUCAAAAUGUUGCAGAAAGUGGAAACGUGGGUUUUUACUUUGUGGCCGAAUCAUGUGAUUAGCUCACACCUGCCUCAGCAAACAUGGGCGACGCUUUGAUGUACAAGUCAUUUUUGAAAUGUUCUCAAUGUGUAAUAGAAAGGAAGCCGUGCACAUUUAUAAACAACAUAAAUCCAGGACCAGAGGAGGGACGAUAAAUCUACAUCUCGUCUUCUGACUCCUUGCAGAGAAAGAAUGGAAUGAAAAUUGCGACCUAGUGCAACCGCAGCCUACACGAGUGACUCUCAUCACUUCUGUAAUGAUGGUAUAUCAGCUUAAGCUCUGAGGUUGGAUCCCUCUUAGUUAUACAUGUGCUGAUCCUUUUGACGCAGGCAGUCAGUACUGAUACACCUGUGUGUACAUAUGGAUACGGCGUAUCCAGCCCAAAGUUAUAUCUUUAGGCUACACAGCAAACGCAGUAAAUGACAAACAGAUGAGGUAAAGAGUCAUCUGUCUGACCUCUUUAUUCUCCCGACUGAUCUCUGCCACAGACUAGUCGUUCUUUUACUGGAUAAAACUCCUUCACGUGCUCUGUUGGUGUGAACAGAUUUCAUAUGAUAAAGUUGUCUGUCUUAAAUCAGCCUUUCAGAUUUAUUAUGCUUUUAGACUGCGAGUGAGUUUCUCACCAGCCAUAAACCCUGUGUCAUCACCUAGUGGACGGAGAUGCAGGAGGAGACGGAGAGCUUUCUGGAAAAAGUCUUGCCAAAGCAGCCGACUGAGAGGAAUAACCGAUUCGGUUGGGUCCAAUGAGAAGUGCUCAGAUUACAUUUGUAUUACAAUAAUGAACCAAAUGUAGUUACCGCAUAGAGACAAACUGCAAACUGUCGCAUCCAAACUGACAGGCAAGCCGUGAGCAGCUUCCCAGUCCAGGCCCACUUGAUGUUCACGGCCAAUGCUAUAUCAGGAAUUCCCUUUUAUUUCCACAAAUGGUAGCACUUGCCUCACGUCCUCGUUCCCUUUCCAUCCUGCCACUCUGCUUCUUCCGUCCCGAUUGAGAAAGGACCACCUGACCCUCUUUUGAGGUGGGGAAGUCAUAAUUGGAGGGGAAACCAGUUCCUGUCUCUGUGCGCUAAUAGCGGAGCCUCGCGGCAGUCACCAAAAGCCUUUGAUGGCACAAGGAGGGGCACACUUAGACACCCACACACCAACACUCGCUCAUACAUCUUGUAUUGCCUCCAUUUCUCUUUGAAAACAUGAGAUCCAGCUGAUAGAUGACAGCUAGUCAUAGCCAGCUAUAGCAGUCCUCAAACUGUAAUUCAUCCAGUGGGAGGUUAAACCCACAUCAUUAUUGGAUUUGUUGUCAUUGGGGGGGCAAUCAAGAUUCAGUCCAUCAAUAGUUAAUCUCAAAUAUUUGACUAAAUUAUCUUUUAAAAAGUUAUCUGAAGGGAAGCUAAUAACCGAGGACAUCCAUACAAUGCUUCAUGGCAGUCCGUCUACCUGAAUCGUUUCAGCUGCAAUGACUGCUUGAUUGUGUCACUCCUCCGGUGCUCUCAUAGCUUCCUAAAAUGGUUUUCUUGAUACAGAUUUUCUAAAGAGAAAAUUUUUAUAAUAGAAUAAUAAGGUAAAAAUAUGCCGUCCCGUACUCUUCCAAACCACAGUAAAGACUACGGUGAACUUCUGUGAUGUGCAGAGAGGUGCGGGCUUGGUGACUGCCACGCUUGAGAACAUGUCCUUUAACUCUAACACAGAUUAACUCGAACCAAAGGAAAUAAAAGAACACCCGUGAUUCAGGUGCUUGUGGAACUACCUUUAGCAGCAAUAACGUGAAGUAGGGUUGGGCGAUAUGUAAAAAAUCAGUCCAGUACUCGACGAUGGGCGAUGUAUUUGUGCAUGCGCAGACUUUUUGAUGGGCGGAGCAAUGUAAUCAUGCACGUUCUGAUUUGCAACAAGCACUUGGGCGCACUCUGAGGAGGGGGCACUUGCUCGCAGAUGAAAGAGGCUGCUGUUAAAACAGCGCUAAUAUUAUUUUCUGUUGAUUGCUUCUAUUAGCUCCGUCAUUAUUAGCAAACUUACUCAUGGGCAAAUAAAUAAACCGCCCCCUGUAAACACGAUCGCCGGUGGGCUCAGCCUAUCAUCGAUAGUCGAUAUAUUCAUCCAAUCGCCCAACCUUCACGUGAAGUGCUGCGGACUGGACUUUGACACACCUUCAAACAUCUUAAAUCAUCAGAUCUCCACCAACACGCUGGACAGCUGGCGUGAGGUGUUUAUGCUGUUUGAUUUUCACCAAAAGCAGUGCUGUGCAUUAUAGACAAACAAAGUUUUGUGGUUUGUUAAGAACUUAGCAAAGCUAAGCCAUGCUGCUGUGUUCGUCUAGUGUGGAUGCUCUUUGCUGGCAACUCUUCCAAACAAGUCAGUUGUUCAGGCUUUUUUUCUAACUAUACUGUCGCAAACUUUAAUUUUUAACACGCUAACUGAGGCCUACAGAUUGUGAGGCAAGCUUGUUGCAGCUGCUGCCUCUUAAUUCCUGUGGAAGCAGUGAGGGUGGCCCAAGUUUCUUCAGUCAUAUCGAGGACAACGCUGAUAUAUUAGAAAGCAUCUGCUGCAGUGACGACAUACGAGUGCCUCUCCGGUGAACGCGCUUUUGAGGACGUGACAUUUAAUCAGAGUAUUUAUGUAAUUGUCAUGGUGACAAAAUGGUCAGUGGUUCAGUUCUCACAGAGGACCUGAUUCUUGUCCAAGUGCUCCAGAGCAAUAAACAGAACACUUAGCUACCCACUCGUUGCAGAGUGCGCUGGAUGGGAACAUUGGAAAUGUCUAAAAUGUGGACUCACCAGCACUCUUCAUCCGAUGCUUUUAAGUUCACAAUUCGAUUCCACCUUUGGACCCGGCGAGUGCCACAGGUACACUUUUGUCCAUCAGUUGAUUCUUUGCUGAGAGCUUUCUCUUCCAUCUCGUUUGAGUGCUUUGAGUUUCCCUGCAUUGGUUUCACUGGAUGAAAGUAACGAUCAGCAUUUCUGCAGGUUUUUUUCCACCUUUUGUAUCUUAAAAUCUCACCUUAGCCUUGAGCACCUGUUUAUAUUUGUGUGCCUGUAAUGCAUCUGUGACGUGUAUACUCAUGCAUGUAUAAUACCGAUUAGUAAUCAUUUUAAAGCUUGGUAAGUUUAUACUGGUUAAGAAAUUCAAAAUAAGUUUUUACAUUUUUUCAGAGAAGAAAAUCUAUCAAUUUGUAACCAAUAAAAAGUGAUUGUUAAAUUAAAUGGAGGGUUUCUGUAAAACAUGCUAACAUCUAGAUGAAUUCUCAACUUUGGAAAAAGGAUUAAAGAUUUGAACAAAAACUAGGGACACUUUAUUAACCACUGAAUAAAAAUUAUAACUGAUCUGAUAAAUACACAUUAGAGUUCAUUUUUAUUAAUUUAGUUAAAUUGUUACUGUUGCAAAAAUGCGAGCUAAUUAAAAGUUUAGUUUUCAGAUUACUGUUUGUCAACAACAGUUUAUGUUGAACUUGAACGAUAUUUAAAACAUUGGUACUGUUGUCGCCGACAUCGUCACACAGCUGCCGCUCUCACCGCAGAAACUCUCUUCCUGUUUCAAGUGGAUUUUAUUGUGACAGGACGGAGCUCGUUAAGUAUCGGCGUUGGAAAUGCUUUAAUCCAUUUGUCUUAUUACUGCAACGCUAAACUAACAUCUGAAGAGUUUUUAAGAUUUAAUUUGGCAUAAUUUCCACUAAUAUUCCUCUUUUAGCUGUUCAGACACACGAAGACAAACACCUUGACAGACAGCGGAGGACAAACCUGUUUUAUUGUUGCCCUCCCUGCAGACCUCAGACACUGAAGCUCUGCCAGAAAACCACUGCCAGCUUCUUUAAUUCUCUCUCGAGGCAUUUUAUCUGAAUGAAAUACCAUAAGCCAGUCAAACUACUCCCUUGGGCCCUCGGCAUAUUCCUACUCAGACCUGCAGACUUUCCCUUUGUGUCUCUGAGAGCCUUAUCUGGACAACAGGACUGGUUGUGUUGGGCAGGUUAGUAGCGAGAGGCAGCUCAUCUCAAACCAUCAUUAACACGACACAUAGCUUCCCUCCUUUUGUAACCAAAUUGUAACUGUGUACGUUUUUUAUGUUACACAAUUAAUAAUGAGUAAAUAUUAAGCUAAAAGUCAGAUGUUGUGACAGAUGGCCUGCGCAGACGUUUUGCCAGCUCUGGUUUUCGCUUGUCUCUGGUGUGUGAGGAAGCACAAAAAGCUCAGAUAUAAUCAAACUGGUUUGCCAGUAUUUGUGUUUGAAGUAUGAGCCUGGAGCACUGGGAAUGGCACAGGACAUGUUAACCUUCAUCAUCUUGGUACUCCCUGGAUAAACUGUGGGUCAGAUUGUCAUGUCUCUGUCUUGGUGUUAUACAGCCUCUAACAUAACACAUGGAAAGGUGCGUACUAUAAAUGCAGGGGCAAGAAAUCACACUACUCAAUGUGAAACAAGUGUCUAUCUUCUUUCAUGGACCCACUAAGUGUUUGACCCACUAUGCCACCUCUAUCAUCCCCUGGGGGUCUUAUGUCCCCACAUAAGAGGUUCAGCUGUCCUACAGUGAAAAUGACAACACGCAGAAGAUGUCAGAUACCUGGGGGAUGCACCGAGCUCUGUGAUGCAGUGUGAGAGGUAGAGAGAGCUGCGUGCCAUCAGAGGGGCAUCACCUACCAAAUCUGUUGUUUCUAUACUAGAAACGUUCCAGGCAAAGUGCCACAUGACACAAGGAAGUACAGCCAGCCACCUCACACACAUGGUGAUAUGUUUACCCAGACUGCAGUUUGGUGGUUUUCACCUCUGCAAAUAAAACGUCUAACAUCUACAUCGAUGUUUUUGUCCCCUCCCAGUACUCUGUGCCUUUACUUGUUACAGUGUUGCUCCUGUGACGCGUUUCUAAUGAAGCUGAAACACAGGCCUUUAAAGUGUACAAGGGUAACUCGAAGAUUUUUCAUUGUAUGAAUUGUAUUGUUUGUUUGUCUCCGUGAAACAAAUUUCCCUAAUGUUUAUGUCUAGUUAUUUAUGGGUACAAAAAAAUUACCAGGUUGGUUUGUUGCAGAGUGCCCCCUGCUGGACACUCGUAUGAUGGUUGAAGGGUGUUUCUGCCGUCUGUUUUUCAUAUUUUCCAUUAUAUUUUUUUAUUUAUUGGAUGAAAAUGAUUUAACUGGCUAAUAUCUCUGCAAGUUUCAUUUGCAUGGCGUCAUAAAUCUAAAGUGUUUAUCCAGGAUAACUCAGGUGCUUGUGACAGAUCACAGAUCGUCUUUGAACGACCUUAGUGAUUAAAUGUUGUAUUUCAUAGUUUUGUAUUACUACUGCAGUGUCUACAAUUCCAUAAAAAGAAUAAUAAACUUCCAUUACAAUUUGUUAUUAUACAUUUUAUUUAUAUAUAGAUCUAUAUAGAUACAAACUA